ACCAUAUCAAUUUGACUAAUUGGCGUCUGUUUUGUCCCAUUGAUUCUCAUGUUUUACUGCUUUAUAAAUUAUAAAGCACUUUCUUUUUAAGUACUUUUUACCUCCAUUACCUCCACCCAUAUAUAAACCCAUUUCCCUAUAUGUCCUCUCUGCACAACACACUUGCAAAAAACAGAAUAAUUUAGGAAAACCCCUGAAUUCUCUGUUUCUCUCUGUUUUUACAUAUGGCUCAGGUUCAUAGUAGCAACAGCGAUGGAAUUAAGCUUUUUGGCACAAUGAUUCAUUUACAGAACAGAAAAAUGAAGGAGGAACCGGAGAAACACGGCGGCGGUGCAGGUGAUGAAACAGAGAUGAAGAGGCCAGAAAAAAUUAUUCCAUGCCCAAGAUGUAAGAGUAUGGACACCAAAUUCUGUUACUUCAACAAUUAUAAUGUUAAUCAGCCUAGACAUUUCUGCAAGGGUUGCCAAAGGUACUGGACGGCCGGUGGGGCGCUCCGGAACGUACCCAUCGGAGCCGGUCGCCGGAGAGCCAAGCCGCCGCCUAAUUGCCGGACCCUUUCCGGCGAGCUGCCAGAGGAUUAUGGGCAGCUUUACGAUGCGGCUUCUGGGAUUAUUCAUCAGCUUGAAUUAGAUACGGUGGAGGGGUGGCAUCUCACGGUGGCGGAACAGGAUUUUACUCAAGUUUUUCCUUUCAAACGGCGGAAGAUUAUCGGUCAACACGGUCAAACGUCUUAACCUUUUUUUUUUUUUUUUAAUUUUCCUUUUUGUGUCGAUGAUUUUAUGUGGAAAUUAUAGAGAGAUGUAGUGUUUUAAUUAAUUACUGAAGAUAUGAUAAUGUAAAUAUUUAUCUGUGUGGUUAAGGCUAAUGAUCCGAUCCGAUGAUUCAUAUUGCUGGAUGGGCGAUGUGGGGGUUGAGAUAAUGAGGAUUAAUUUUCAAAUUUGCAAGGUUUA